AUGUCCGCCUCUCCUGCUGGAGUCCCUGCACUACGGCUGUGCUUCGCAGAUUGCAUAACGACCCCUGCGAGUGAAAUGCCAGCAAACGCUCAGUGUGUCGGCGACAACUCUUUCGAUUUAUCGAGUCCAUUAUUCAGGGUCGCCUGGCUUAUUCGUGAGUGUCCUGGUGACGCCUCACCCCCAGGGACGGGAGCAGAUAAGGAAGGAGGUCUAAAGCACACGACUCGCCCGCUGUCUGGAAAAAAUUACUGCAACAGUGAGAUAACGCUCUGGCUGUGGACGCCGCUGAACGUGAUCCUGUUCAACCUGGUGUGCUCGGACUUCAGCGUGGCGUUGCUAGGCAACCCGCUGACGCUGGCCGCGGCCGUGGCGCACCGCUGGAUCUUCGGCAGGACGAUGUGUGUCAUCUACGGCUUCUUCAUGUCCCUCCUGGGCAUCUCGAGCAUCGCGACGCUGACGGUGCUGGCGUUCGAGCGCUACGUGAUGAUCUCGAGGCCGUUCCAGGCGCGCCGGCUGUCGCGGCGCGGCGCCGCGCUGCUGGUGGCCGCCAUCUGGCUGUACUCGCUGCUGCUGACGGCGCCGCCGUUGCUCGGCUGGGGCGACUACGUGCACGAGGCGGCCAACAUCAGCUGCUCGGUGAACUGGGAGAGCCGCACGCUGGGCGCCACCUCCUACAUCGUCUUCCUGUUCGCCAUGGGGCUCGUCGUGCCGGUGGCCGUCAUCAGCUUCUCCUACCUCAACAUCGUCCGCACCCUCAAGAAGAACACGCUGCGGUCGGGCCGGGCGACGCGCGCCGAGUCGCGCGUGGCGCUGAUGGUGGCCGUGAUGAUCGCCGCCUUCCUGCUGGCCUGGACGCCCUACUCGGCGCUGGCGCUGCUCAUCGCCUUCGGGGACCACCGGCUGGUCAGCCCCGGGCUGGCCGUCGUGCCGGCGCUCGUCGCCAAGUCCUCCAUCUGCUACAACCCGCUCAUCUACGUCGGCCUCAACACGCAGCAAACCGGGCUCCGCUAUCAGCGAUGCCGCGCAAGCUGGCAGCUGCGGUCCCUGGCUUCUGGCUGCAGUUCCAUACCGGGGGAAGCGGCCGCCCUUCCAGCAGCCGGCGGUCCUUCCGUCCCCCUCGCGCCCUGGACCGCCCCAACGGGGUCCGCGGGUGAAACGCCUCGUCGCCGCGACUCACAAACUGAGGCGCCGCCGUAA